AUGGCGGACGAUGCAUCGAGCAGUAGUGCUUGCACCGGUAACUUAGUUGAUAAUGCAGUUAAUCAAGAUGAGUUGAUUAUGAAACAGCAACGGGAGAUAGAAAAAGAGAUAUCAGAGACUAUACCUCUUGUCGGUGAACUUGAAGCUUUGUCGUCAUUAGAGAAAGAAUACACCGACGAUCCUAUUUAUCUGUUAAAAGUAAAAGAUCUCUCGUCUAAGUACAAAUAUAUUAGAAGAACGCGCCCUGAUGGAAAUUGCUUUUUUCGUGCGUUCUCUUAUGCUUAUUUAGAGCAUCUUCUCACUGAUAAAGCUGAAUACGAUAAGUUUUAUGAAAUAGCCAAAAACUCGAAGGAUAUUCUCGUUGCCUUAGGAUUCCCACAAUUCACCGUUGAAGACUUCUACGAGACAUUUAUGGAAGUGGUUCAGCGGGUAGGUGACCAAGCUGGAGGUUCAACAGAAGAACUAGAGUCUGUUCGCAAUGAACUGCAUGAUAAAUUUAACAAACAGGGCUAUUCAGACUACAUAGUUGUUUACCUCCGUCUUGUGACAUCUGGCCAGUUGCAGACACAACACGAUUUCUAUCAGAACUUUAUUGAAGGAUCUAGAACUGUUACAGAAUUUUGCAGACAGGAAGUGGAGCCCAUGUACAAAGAGUCUGACCAUAUCCACAUAAUCGCCCUGAGCAAUGCCCUCAAUGUAGGUGUUAGAGUUAAGUACAUGGACCGUGGGGAUGGCAGCCAGGUGAUUGCGCACGAUUUCCCCGAAGGCUCGCAACCGCUGGUGCAGCUUCUGUAUCGACCCGGCCAUUACGACAUCUUGUACGCG